AUGGCUUCCCGCCGUUUGGCUCUCAACCUUAACCAGGCUCUCCGGAGCCGUGCGGCUCUCAAGUCCAUCCAGCCCGUGAAGCGUGGCUUCGCCUCGCCGGUUGCGCUGCCAUCCACCACCCAGUCCACCACCCUCUCCAACGGGUUCACCAUUGCCACCGACUACUCGCCAUGGGCUCAGACUUCCACCGUCGGCGUGUGGAUCGAUGCCGGUUCCCGGUCAGAGACUGACAAGACCAACGGCACUGCGCACUUCCUCGAGCACCUUGCCUUCAAGGGCACCAACAAGCGCUCGCAGCACCAAUUGGAGUUGGAGAUUGAGAACAUGGGUGCUCACCUGAACGCCUACACCUCGCGCGAGAACACCGUCUACUACGCCAAGGCCUUCAACAACGAUGUCCCCAAGGCCGUCGACAUCCUCUCCGAUAUCCUCCAGAACUCCAAGCUCGAGCCCGCCGCCAUCGAGCGUGAGCGUGAUGUUAUCCUGCGCGAGCAGGAGGAGGUUGACAAGCAGCUCGAGGAGGUUGUCUUCGACCACCUUCACGCCACCGCUUACCAGGGCCAGCCCCUCGGUCGCACCAUCCUCGGCCCCAAGGAGAACAUCCAGACCAUCUCCCGCGAGAACCUGACCGACUACAUCAAGACCAACUACACCGCCGACCGCAUGGUCCUGGUUGGUGCUGGUGGUGUCCCCCACGAGCAGCUCGUCCGCCUCGCCGAGGAGCACUUCGGUGGCCUCCCCAACAAGCCCCCUACCUCCGCUGCCCUCGCCCUCACCGCCGAGCAGAAGCGCACCCCCGAGUUCAUCGGCUCUGAGGUUCGUCUCCGUGACGACACCAUCCCCUCCGCCCACAUCGCUCUUGCCGUUGAGGGUGUCAGCUGGAAGGACGAUGACUACUUCACUGCUCUCGUGGCUCAGGCCAUCGUCGGCAACUGGGACCGUGCCAUGGGCCAGUCUCCUUUCCUUGGCAGCAAGCUCAGCUCCCACGUCAGCCACCACCACCUCGCCAACAGCUUCAUGAGCUUCUCCACUAGCUACAGCGACACUGGUCUCUGGGGUAUCUACCUUGUCUCCGAGAACCUGACCUCCCUCGAUGACCUGAUCCACUUCACCCUCCGCGAGUGGUCUCGUCUCUGCCGCGACGUCUCCUCCGCCGAGGUUGAGCGCGCCAAGGCUCAGCUCAAGGCUUCCAUCCUCCUGUCUCUCGACGGGACCACCGCCGUUGCCGAGGAUAUCGGCCGCCAGAUCGUCACUACCGGCCGCCGCCUCAGCCCCGAGGACAUUGAGCGUGUCGUUGGUGCUAUCACCGAGAAGGAUGUCAUGGACUUCGCCAACCGCAAGCUGUGGGACCAGGACGUUGCCAUGAGCGCCGUUGGCAGCAUCGAGGGUAUCCUCGACUACCAGCGCAUCCGCAACGACAUGUCUCGCAACCUGUCUUAA